AUGUUUGCCCUUUGGUACUUCUCGUUAGCGAUGGACGAGCUGAGAAAACGCAUACCAAUUCUGGACAGAAUUUUUGCGUUUUUCACUGGUAAAAAUCGAACCGUACAAGCGCUACCGGAAUCGACGACUUCUGAUGAACCAAAAACGAAAGCACCGGAAGCAAAGGUAUCGGACAAGCUGACAGCGGUAGAACCGACCAAACCUACCCCGGAACAGAAGCCCGUUCAGCCAGCACGACCUCCGGUGGUGGAACCGGUUAAGCCAGUAGUGCCCAAACCGGAACCACCGAAGACUACCGUGCCCACGACGCCAGAAGCACCGUCCGUUCCGGCGUCAGUGAACAAACCCGCACCGGUGGUACCAGCUCCAGUAAAGCCAGCACCUCCGGUUGAACCUACCAAAGUGCCUGAACCCGUAAAGCCCGCCCCAACAAUUACCAAACCAUCCCCACCAACAGUGGAGCAGGAGGUUAAACCGAAGGAUCUUCCGAAACCGGAACCAGCGGCAACUGAAGUAUCGAAACCGGCUCCUGCCCCAGCCCCCAAAGAGCCCACAUCCGUACCGACCCCUGCUCCCGCAUCCACACCCGCACCGGCUAGACUUGUGAAGGAAAAGAAAGAACUACCCUCCCCGACCCCGAAACCGGCGGCAGCCCCAGCAGCAGUUGAGGCCCCGACCCUGCCAUCCAACAACGAGGACAGCUUCAUCAUCGUAGAGCAGCAGAAACCGGCCAACAAAGCGGGCCAGAAACCAAAGGUUGACGUUAAAAAUUCAACCAUGGACUUCCUGCAGGGCGAGAGUGGUCGCAGUGCACCUGCCAGCGCCGUCGCACCACCAUCGUCCAUUUCUGCCGACAGGUAA